UUCGUUUUCCACUGAAGUGCGUGAAUUUCAUACCAAACCCAUACUUCGCAUUCCACCUAUACUGUCAAACCGGGAGAAAUAUUACUGAAAACAAUAGAACACCAAGAUAAAUAUAACUUUAAAGAAAUAAACCUCGUCCAGUUCUAUCGGUAGAGGUGUUUCUCAAUAAAGAGAAUCUCCAGAGAGAAACGACAGAAGAAGUGUUUGGAGAGAUCUUUCACCUCUUUUUCUACGUUAUCAGUACUUGUGUAGUGUGGGGGCUCGUGGCAGGGCCUGGUAGGAGCCGGCACCAUUGCGUCCAACAAGUGGAGUGCCAACGGCAGCCCGGAGCAGGGGCUGGAGGAUGGGGGUGAUGAGCUGGACAAGGCCAUGGAUGGAGACGCCGAGGGCGUGUGGAGCCCUGACAUCGAGCAGAGCUUUCAGGAGGCACUGGCUAUAUAUCCGCCCUGUGGACGGCGCAAGAUCAUCCUGUCGGACGAGGGAAAGAUGUACGGCCGCAAUGAACUUAUUGCGAGAUACAUCAAGCUGAGAACAGGCAAAACCCGUACAAGAAAACAGGUUUCUAGCCAUUUGCAGGUUCUUGCCCGGAGAAAAUCUCGCGAGAUACAGUCAAAGCUGAAGGAUCAAGCGUCCAAAGACAAAGCUCUCCAGAACAUGGCGGCACUUUCCUCCGCUCAGAUCGUGUCUCCGAGUCUAAUCAGAAAACCUCUUCCGCCUCUUCCACAGUCCCCUUACCCUCCAACUGCAAGGUUCUGGCCGACCCCUAUCCCAGGUCAACCCGGACCCUCUGAGGAGCUGGUUCUUAAGCACAAUCCAGGAAGAAGUCCUGGGCUUGGCCGCACCAGCUACGCCAUCAAGCCAUUUGCACCAACUCCUUACUCAAACAUACCUGGACCUGUUCAAGCACCCUUAGCAUAUGAGUCUCUGGCCCCUCCUCUGCCACCAGUUGCCACUGCAGUGCCCGUGUGGCAGGAUCGCACCAUCGCCUCCUCCAAACUGCGUCUUCUGGAGUACUCCGCGUUCAUGGAGGUCCCGCAAGACCAGGACUCUUACAGCAAACACCUGUUUGUUCACAUUGGCCAGACCAACCCCUCCUACAGCGACCCUCUGCUGGAGGCGGUGGACAUCCGACAAAUCUACGACAAGUUCCCAGAGAAGACGGGAGGACUCAAGGAGCUGUACGAGAAGGGCCCUCAAAACGCCUUCUUCCUCGUCAAAUUUUGGGCGGAUCUGAACAACAGCGGCGUUCAGGAUGGACCGGGCUCCUUCUACGGAGUCAGCAGUCAGUACAGCAGCUCAGAGAACAUGACCAUCACCGUCUCAACCAAAGUCUGCUCUUUCGGGAAGCAAGUGGUGGAAAAAGUGGAGACCGAGUAUGCUCGUGCCGAGGGAGGGAAGUGUUUAUAUCGGAUCCAUCGCUCUCCCAUGUGUGAAUAUAUGAUCAACUUCAUCCACAAGCUCAAGCACCUGCCUGAGAAAUACAUGAUGAACAGCGUAUUAGAAAACUUCACCAUCUUACAGGUGGUGACCAACAGGGAAACCCAGGAGACUCUGCUGUGUAUAGCGUUUGUAUUUGAAGUUUCGACGAGUGAACACGGGGCACAAUACCACGUCUAUCGGCUCAUUAAAGACUAGCGCCGACAACAGACUUCUGUUGCUUUGCACAGUCCCUCCAUCACACGUAUGGAGGAAUAUGCCAAAUUGUCCAAACAUCGGAGGAAUACGCCUAAAUGUUACAAAAAACCAAAUGUUUUGCUUUUGUUCUAAACCUGGUACAGAAUUUGAGUCUUUGAGGACAUAAAACAUAUAGUAUUACUCUGUAAAAAAAAAACAACAACAACAAAAAAAACUAAAAAAAAACUUUUUUGUAUUUGUUUUAAAAUGCCUUAAAUACUUAAUGGGUCACGUUGGUUUUGUUGCAUAUACAGAUCAUAGAUGUCUUUUGAGCUUCGUUGUGUCUCCACGGAGGGAAUGUGAAUGUGUUUUGAUGGGAAAGAAUGUGUGCUGUUUGUGAAUAUUACAUGCAGCAUUUUACAGUGAUAUAAGGGUGAAUCUCACAAAGAAAUGUCUCAUUUUACCCUAAAAUAAAAAAAAAAAAGACCACUUUUGUAUGUUAUUUUCAAGAACCACAAAAUUUCUCCCGAAAUUCUUAUCAUAGUACAAGAGAAAAUGCUAAUUUAUACAUUUUUAAAAUUAGAAAAAUUAGGAUAAAGGCAGUGCUUUUUUUGUAUUACAGUAAAAAGUUUUUAGGAAGCAAUGUGAUUAAUGAUCUUCAAUAUAUUGUCGUAAUGGAAAAAAGAAAAAAAAAGUUUUUUUUAAUGCAUUUUAAUAAAGAAAAAAAUAAUUGUAACUUUUUUCUUUUGAUUUUGGGGUGAAAUAUGAAAUGGACAUGUUGUCGCCAGGUUUUGUGAGAUUUCCUGAUGUGUAAUUGAGGACCAGGUCGGCCAGCAGAGGGUUUAUGUUCAUCUUUAUAAAGGACGGACGUACUGCAAACACACUGCAGUUAAAGUUCAGGAAAACAAUGCCUGGACUUUAUUUAAUUGAAUAACUGCAGAUGUUACUUGUUUCAUCGGCUGUCCUUUGAACAAGACAAAAGGCGUCAGAAACCGUUUUGCAGGUACUAAAGGAUUUUGAGUAGUUGACCCAAAUGUGAGUGAGUGCCUUUCUUCAAACAACACAAAUCGAUUGAUACUCUGAAGUGCCUUUUGACUACCUCUUGACAUAAACUAGUAGGAAUAGAUAAAGCGAUCAAUUUCUUUUAUGCUACAAGGUGACAAAGUAUUUAACUCUGCUGUUCAUCGAAGCUUUCACGAGAUGCAUGAACCGAGGAAAAGUCAAGUGUGAAUGUCACUCUGGUACAAACAAAGUGCUGCCCGUCGAGAUUUUAAACAUUUAAUCCUGGAACAAUACUUUGGAGUUGUUUUGUCUUUUUAAGUCAGAGGAUGUUGCAUUGCUGUCGUAUCUGGUGCUUUUUAAAACCUUGAAGAGAAUGUUUGUUUUUCCAAGCUGUUUUUUACUCAAGUCUUUCUUUUUUUUCACCAUCACAAUGUAUCUGCACUGUGUACCUUUUGUUUUUCUUCUUCUCUGAAUUACAUGUCAGAUCCUUUAGUUUUGAGUUCAAGCAUCAGUUUUUCUUGUAUUGCUGGUGUUAAAGUGUAAAAGGGAAAGUCAUUAGUGUCACCCUGUACGUCAGCACUGACGUUCUUAUCUCUCUAAAUCUCAUUUUUAGAUGUACAUAAACUUUUUUAGAACAAGAAUGCACCAGGUGUUUGACAUGGAAUUAUAGAAAUAUGCCAUUUUAAUAGUGCUGAACUGAGAUCAUGUUUUGCUACUACUGAAAAUGUAAUGUUUGUUUUCCCAUUAGAGAACUAAAAACUUGAAUUUUCGACCCGAUACAAUGUUUCAAUGUUUUUUUUUUAAAGCCAUGUAGCGUUUUUGUUCCACUCGCCCCUAAAAUUGAAAGACGGCACCGUUCGUAUGGAUAAUGUUCUUGGGAUGGUUGUUAGGCAUGAGUUACAUUUUUAUUGUCUAAGAUGCGUUCUGAAGGUACUGCGAAUUCUUGGGUACACCUUAAAAAAUGGAAAUGUAAUGUAUAUUGGUACAGCCUUUACCUACUAUUUUGUGUUUGAACUUCAGUGACGACAAUUUCCUCAAUUGUAUUUGUUCUUAUAGGCUUUUUUGUUUCCUUUUUAUAAUUAUUGUUGUUAUAGUUAUUAAUUUUAUGUUUGCUCUUCGACUUUCGAUUGAUGUUAUAUGCAUACAUUGAAAAUGUUGUGUGUUACUGUUAUUUUAUGCCAUAAUUAAGUGGUGUUGGCAAAAGCUUUCCCCUUGUUUUUAAGAGUGGCCUUGGUUACCAGUUGUACAUUGCAAUUAUGUAUAUCUUAAAUGUUAGGGUUUGUACAAUAUAAUCAAAACAAUCUAUAGCAAUACCAAUAAAAUGGCAUGGGUCUCCUUGGACCAUAUUUCUUAAACCACA